AUGCAUCAACAUCAAUAUCAACCACCGUUUGUUCCUCAAGGGCCUAUGCAAGGGCAAAUGGGUCAACCAAGGGCACCAUUGGGUGCACCUCAAAGACAUCAAAGGGAAGUAGUACGGGGAAUUGAAGCUCACUUCCGGCCCAUUAUCACUAACAAUCCUUCGCCGGUAGUGAUUCCUCAUCGUGCGGAUGGAAGGACCUUUGAAGUUAGAACAACCGCUCUCCAAUGUUUACCAAAGUUCAAAGGGUUAGCAACGGAAGAACCCUACUUCCAUUUGGAGACAUAUGACUCCAUUUGCAAUACUAUUGGAGGUCAAGGGUUUUCUGCGGAUGAUGUCAAGUUGGUCCUUUUCCAGUUUUCCCUAGAAGAUAAAGCAAAGAGAUGGUUUCACACAUUGCCCUCCGCGUCCAUUUUUACAUGGGCCGACAUGCAGCAAAUAUUCUUAGAUGAAUAUUAUACUUCUCAAAAGACCAAUGAUGCUAGAAGAGGUUUGAGAAGUUUCCAACAACAAUCGGGGGAGAUGUUUCAUGAAGCUUUCGAAAGGUUUAAUAUGAUGUUACGCAAUUGUCCUCAUCACGGGAUCCAACUUUGGGAAUUAUUGAAUGCGUUUCAUGAAGGGUUGAGUUCGGAGGAUGCACGGGAUUUAAUGUCAAUCACUAAUGGUACAUUCGGUACCAAUUAUGAACAUGUUGAUUGGGCAUUCUUAGAACAAAUGGCGGUGAAUUCAAAGAGGAAAGAUCAAUCUUCGAGGCGGGCAAGGCAUGUGACACAAAGGCCACAAGUGCAUGGAAUAGAGAGUGGCAAUGUUCAAACCACAAACCAAGUGUACAACGUGUGCACCAAUUGCAAUGAAAUAGGCCAUACGGCGGAAGUUUGUAUAGUGGGAGUGGUUGAUGAGCAAGUAGAAGAGGUUAAUGCAAUUCAAGGAGGGGGUGGUCGAAAUUUCAACAUGAACUCCAACACAUACCACCCCGGGUUACGAAAUCAUCUGAAUUUUCGCUAUGGGAACGUGGCGAACCAAGCUAACCCAAACUUUCAAGGAGCUCAAGGUAACUUUGCACCUCGUCAAAAAUACAAUCAAGGCAAUUAUCGGGGUGGAAACAAUUAUGGUUAUCAAGGGCAAUUCCAACAAACCGGUCAAGGUGGUUCGAGCCAAAGCUCAUCAAGCGGGAAUGAAGUCAUGGAUAUGCUUCGGGCGAUGCAACAAGAUAUGCAAAAGCGGAACCAACUAGAUGAAGUCCGAAUGCAAAAGGAUGAGGUUCGUGACAAGAGCAUUCAAUCACUAACAACCCAAAUGGAUUUAGUUGACAGAUGCAACCCGCAUGAGUAUGAGGAGGAGGGUAUGGAUGUUUGCUUGUGUGAUUUUUCUGAACAGGUACAUGCUUAUGCACUACGGGUUGAAGAGGAAAAACAGGAUGCCAUGGCUUUGAGAGAAGGUCGACCACCAUGGACUCAUCAAUUCGAAGGCUUACCGGCGGAAAUAGACUCGGGUACUAAACCAUCACUAGAGGAACCGCCAAAGCUGGAACUUAAAGACUUGCCGAGCCAUUUGAAGUAUGCCUUCUUAGGGGAUAAUGACAUUCUAUCGGUCAUUAUUGCCUCUAACUUAGAGUUGGUGCAAGAGCAAGCAUUGUUGGAAGUUUUGAAAGAAAACAAGGGAGCUACUGGAUAG